UAGUAGCGGUUGGUACACGUUUCUCACCCUAUAAACCCUUUAACCUUAGCAAGCAAAUUGCAACUUAUGCUGUCUCUGUCUUUGUUUCUAUUCCAAUUCAGACACAUGCCAACCCCAAUUUUUUUUUUUUUUUAAUUCACUUAAUCUCUUUCGUUGGAUUUUGUAUGGCAAUAGUUAUCGCCCUUCAAUUUUCUCUCUUGUGCUGAAGUCACUUUCCUUCUUCUUAGUUGGAUGGAUUAAGUUUGAGCGCCAUCAGGCCAUCUUGUUUGGAUGCUGAGAAAAUUGUGGGAAAAAUCAGGUUUUUCUCUUUCUAUUUUUCCUUUUCUGUUUCUGGGGCUUAAAUUUCACUUGAGAAUUCACUGAACCCACAAACAAAAAUUCAAUCUUUGUUCUUUCCCCGUUAUUUUUCUGUGUUGGUUGUUCAUGGACACUUCUCUGUAGCACUGAAUUGAAUCCAUUCAAGUAGAGAGUGAGAAGAAAAAUGGCCUAUGCACAUGGGUAUGCUCCAAUUUUCAAAUUGGCUUUUGUGUUUUCUUCUGUUUCGCCAUCACAACAGAGGCUCCCUUUGAUGUUUCCUGCAUCAAACUCUGGUUUUUCCCUCAAAUUCUAUGAUGGGGCAUCUGCCAGUGUCAGAUCCUGUAAGUUGCAAAACCCUUCCUUUGUUGCUGCAAAACACAGUUCAAUAAGGGGUUUUAGGGCUCUGAAAUCGGUUGAACUGGACCAGUUUGUGACGAGUGAUGAUGAGGAAGAUGAAAUGGGUGAAGGGUUCUUUGAGGCAAUUGAGGAGCUUGAGAGGAUGACAAGGGAACCCUCAGAUAUUCUUGAGGAGAUGAAUGACCGUUUGUCUGCAAGGGAACUGCAGCUUGUGUUGGUGUAUUUCUCUCAGGAUGGGAGGGACUCAUGGUUUGCUUUGGAGGUAUUUGAUUGGCUGAGGAAGGAGAAUAGGGUGGACAAGGAGACCAUGGAGCUCAUGGUUGCCAUCAUGUGUAGUUGGGUGAAGAAGUUGAUUCAGGAGCAUCAUGGGGUGGGUGAUGUGGUUGACUUGCUUGUGGACAUGGAUUGUGUUGGGUUGAGGCCGGGUUUCAGCAUGAUUGAGAAGGUGAUUUCCUUGUAUUGGGAGAUGGGGGAGAAGGAAAGUGCUUUCUUGUUUGUGGAAGAGGUUUUGAGGCGUGGAAUCCCUUAUGUUGAGGAGGACAAAGAAGGGCACAAAGGAGGGCCAACUGGGUAUCUUGCUUGGAAAAUGAUGUCUGAGGGUGACUAUGUAGGCGCAGUUAGAUUGGUAAUUCGAUUUAGAGAAUCUGGCUUGAAGCCAGAGGUCUACAGUUACCUUGUUGCAAUGACUGCUGUGGUUAAGGAGCUGAAUGAAUUCGCCAAAUCUCUACGCAAAUUGAAAAACUUUGCAAGGGCCGGGUUGGUAGCCGAGUUAGAUCUAGAAGAUGUCGAGCUCACCGAGAAGUAUCAAUCCAAUCUAUUAGCUGAUGGGGUGCGCUUGUCCAAUUGGGUGAUUCAAGAUGGCAGCCCAUCCCUUAAUGGAAUUGUUCACGAGAGGCUCCUUGCUAUGUAUAUUUGUGCCGGCCAUGGAAUUGAGGCUGAGAGGCAGUUGUGGGAGAUGAAGCUUGUAGGAAAGGAGGCUGAUGGAGAUCUCUAUGAUAUUGUUCUUGCCAUUUGUGCUUCACAGAAGGAGGCCAAUGCCACGGCAAGGCUGCUGACCCGGUUGGAGGUUGUGAGCUCACCGCAGAAGAAGAAAAGUCUGUCAUGGUUGUUAAGAGGAUAUAUCAAAGGUGGCCAUUUUAACGAGGCGGCGGAGACGGUCAUGAAAAUGCUAGAGUUGGGUUUCUUUCCGGAGUACUUGGACAGGACAGCUGUAUUACAAGGUUUGAGGAAAAGGAUCCAGCAAUAUGGGAAUCUAGAUACUUAUAUCAGGCUAUGUAAGUCCCUCUCUGAUGCAAAUCUGGUAGGACCUUGUCUUGUACAUUUGUAUAUAAGAAAAUAUAAGCUUUGGGUUGUGAAAAUGCUCUAAAGGCUAUGUACGGAUUGAUAGAAAGGAAUAAAAUAGUGUGAAAUGAAAUGGGAUGAUUAUUGGUUCCAUUGUUUGCAUUGUUUACAAUAGGAUGGGUCAUGGGAUGGAAUGGAAUGAAACAUCAAGGAUGGAACCAUCUAUUCAUUUCACUCUAUUAUGUUUCUAUCGCAUUCCAUACCAUUAGAUAGAAAAUGAACUGGUACUGUGCCAACAUUUGGUUUGGUGGCAUAUUUGUAUACCUCGAGCACUGAUUUGCUUGGUGCUUGCUUACAUGUAUAAUUUUGUAUAAUGUAUAGUCUUAAUGUCAAACCAAUUCUAGAAGAGCAAUGUUGUAAUGAGUAUGAAUGAUUAGUAUC